CUGCAGUCCCUCGACUUGGACCCGACGACGGCCUCCUACGUGGCGGCGCUCGCAAUGGCAUCCAGGUCUAUGUCGCUGUCAAGCGCUACGGCCCCGAAUCGCAAGGAAUGGGCGUUCACCUACCAGGCGACUUCGCCCGCCUUCAACUUUCCCGACGCCGACGUUAUCCUGCGCACGCCCGACCACGUCGAGUUCCGCGCGCACAAGCUCGUGUUGUCGCUCGCCUCGCCGGUCUUCCGCAACAUGUUCGCGUCGCCGCAGGUCCCGCCCACGGCCGCUAACGAGGGACAGGAUUGGAAGGACGGGUUGCCCGUCGUUGCGCUCACGGAACCCGCUAGUGUCCUCGACGCUCUCCUGAGGCUAUGCUAUCCUCUCAAGGACCCGCAGUUCAGCCUUUUCGACCAGGUUACGGCCGCGCUUGAGGGAGCGAUGAAGUAUGAAAUGGACGAGGCGCGGGACAUGCUCAGAGGGAAGCUGAAGGAGUGGGCGGAGAAGGCACCCGUGCGCGCGUUCGCAGUGGCGUGCAGGUACCGAUGGAAAGACGAGGCCGAGCGCGCGGCGCGGGCUGCCCUGCGCGUACCGCUACCGGAACUCAUUAUCCACAGCCAAGAGCUGGAACACAUCAGCGCGGGGAGCUACGUCCGGCUGUUGCUGUACCACAAAGCGUGCGGGACCGCAGCUGCUUACCCAGCGCACUGGGGCGACUGGAUCUCCGUGUAUCACAACGACCGGAUCUACCUCAAUUGCCCGACGUGCCACUCGGACUCGAGCGACACCUCGCACUCGUUCUUCGGCGUGCCUAACCGGCAGAACGCGCGCGUGGCGCGGUGGUGGAAGGAGUAUAUGGACCGCGCGGGCGAUAGGCUGAGGGAGACGCCGUUGGCGGACGUGGCGGAGCCGAAGAUGGUGUGGCAGGCGCUCGCGCGGGCGAUGGAAUGCGCGAGUUGCAGGCCGAGGGCGGUGGCGGAGUUUCAGACAUUCUUGGGCGAGUUUCAAGCAGAGAUCGCGAGGAGGAUACAGAAGGUCGUCCUCACCAUCGACUUCUGAAGCUCCGAUAUCUUCAUGUUCCAGGUUGCCCGUUCUGUGCGUCUCCGACGGAAUUGGGGUGCUCUUGGCUGUUCGUUCGACACCGGCGACCUAUCCGCACUGCAUCGACUGCGCCUUCGCCUUCGAACGGGCGGGCGUUCGCAACAUCUGUCAGCCGCCAGCUUGCUCUUGCCCCUGCCGCCGUACGUAACUCGAUGGCGUUUCCCGACAUACUUGCGAUUAGGGAUCGGUGGCGCGUGAUUUGCCUUUUCAAACCUACUCCCUGCGGGCUUCUGCAACUCAGUCGGAAGUGUUCAUAGCCCCUGUGCGUCAAGUGCUGUGAAAACCCC